AGCCACCGUUCAUCCCUUACUCUGACACAACAAUCCAGUGACAACCGAGAGGCUCCUUCAGCCUUAAAUAGCCCAUUUUGAUCAGCAUACACGAGGAACAGCAGAUGGCAUCAAUGUCUGUAAGGCUGGAAUAAGAAGAAGAAGAAGAAGAUGGGAGAGGAGAGGAAGGAGGGAGGAGGAGAACUGGCAUUUGCUAUUCAAUGCCUGUCUGGAUAUUUGGAAGCUUCAGGAAGAUGCCGUCAGGAAUUUAAUGCUAGAACUGGGUGAGAUGUUCAUCAGUCUGCCAGGUAGACUUUAAAAUGGGCCAUUAUUUAUCUGAGGCUGACUACGUUAUUGAAAAAGAAUAAUUGCCUACUAAUAAAAACAGGGCAGCAUGCUGACUUUGCCAUUUGAUGAGCAGUCCUCCAAUCAAACCAGCAGUCCAUUCAGGACAGGCUGGACCUCUAACCAGUUAGUCAAACUGAUUAAGCCAGAGAUCGACAGUGUCCAAGAAGAAAGGCUUGAGUCCAGGAGAGAAGAUGGAUUCAGGGAUGGUGAAGUGGGAGAGAAAGAAAUUGAAGCAGGAGAUGUGGCUUAUCUGAAAAGAAGGGGUUCUCAAAAAAAGAAGCUGAGCCACUCUCGCCUGGACCGGGUUCGACUGCGGCGCAUCGAAGCUAAUGCACGGGAAAGAAACCGCAUGCAUGGACUGAACAAUGCGCUGGACAGCCUGAGAAAAGUGGUUCCUUGUUAUUCCAAGACGCAGAAGCUGUCCAAAAUAGAAACCCUCCGUUUGGCCAAGAACUACAUCUGGGCUCUUAGUGAGAUCCUGAGCACCGGCAAAAGGCCGGACUUGUUCGCAUUCGUUCAGACUCUGUGUAAGGGUCUUUCUCAGCCCACUACCAAUCUUGUGGCUGGCUGUCUCCAGCUGAAGGCCCAUAGCUUCAUCUCUGAACCUGGCGGGGAAUCGUUAUCCCUGUACUCAGCCUAUCAUCAUCACCCUGGACCCGAGGCUGUGGGCUCCAGCUCGGCGGGCAUCAGUAGGUCUCUGCGGCCCUUUGGCUCUUUUUGUGGCCCUUUUGAGUUUCUAAAUGACAGUCCCUCUCCAGAUGGCUCUAGUUCUUUGGAUACAGGGACUCUCAGCCCACCCAUCAACUUCAACAGGAUUUUCUCCCUCAAACACGAGGAACCGAUUGACUACCAGAGUUGUCACUACGGUCUGCGCUACUGCUCCAUCAGUCAGGGCUCCAGCACAGACCUCGGUCCCUAUGACAUCCAGCUCCGGGGACAGUUUUACCAGAUGCAGGAGGAAUUAAACAAGCCUUUCCAUAAUUAAUCAACAACAUAUAAAUGGAUGUGUUUUAAGAAGUUUGGUAGUCCUUCAGGGCUUGCUGAGCACAUGAUGAAAAAGCAGUAAGUCAUCUUAUUUGAAAAUGUAAUUGUUCGGGGAGUAUGUAUUGUGGAAGAAUGCUGCAGCCUCAAAUGACAACACAUAAUGCGGUAGACACACACACACACACACACACACACACACUGCAAUACA